AUGGCGGAUGAGAAGAUGAUUCGAAGUGAAGCUAGUAGUAGUAGAAGCAACAGCAACAAUGGUAGAGGCGAGAGUGUUGUCUUCGACGUUGGUCGAGGGAGGAGAUCUUGCGGUUAUUGUAAAUCCAGUUCAUACACCAGUAUAACUCACGAUUUAAGGGCACACAGUCUGACAGUUUAUGACUAUCAAGGCUUUCUUGACAAAGGUUGGAGGAGAGCUGGCUGCUUACUUUACAAACCUGAGAUGGAAAAAACAUGUUGUCCAUCUUACACAAUACGUUUGAAGGCGAGUGAUUUUGUUCCUUCCAAAGAGCAAGUCCGAGUAGCUAAACGGAUGCAAAGGUUUAUAGAUGGUACACUGAAUGUAAAAAAACCUUGUGAACUUGUUGAGAUUUUUUCAUCAACCGGUCCAUGCAAUCUUUCCAACAGUGAAUGCAGAAGUUCAGUACAUAGAAACUUCUUGGCAGAUAAUGGAGUACAGAAGAACAUCCUUGAGCAAGUGACCCGCCGUUUGUCUGACCAGAUUGAUUCUGUUGUACAUACAUGCAUAAAGCAAGGUAAGUUUCCUCCUGAUAUUCAAUAUCCUAAAGCGUCCGUCAAAAGUGUUGCACCAGCCACAAGGAAGUUACUAGCUGAAGGAUCAGAAGAUCUUUUGUAUUCCAGCAACAUUUCUUUUCAGAUUGCUGCUGCUCUAAGACGAGCCAAUAAGGAUGCCGAUUUGUCAAAAUCAACCGACAAUUGCACAGAAAAAAGCAAUAGGUGCCGAGAUCCUAACCCGAAAUUUAUUGCUGAUGAGCUGUCAAGUCAUUUAAGUAAUUUAGUGCCAGCUUUUGGUUUCUCCAUAAAAGCCUGCAAUGGACACAUAAAUUUCUAUUCUACGGAAAUACAAGCUCAGCCAGAUGUAGUAGUUGGAAAGGCUUCAAUUUCUAAAGACUCAUCCACAGGCAAUGGUAACAAAAGCUGUUCUUUAGACUUUGCUGGAAAAUUCCAGGCUAAAGGACCAAACCUUGAAAUCCGUAUGAAAAAGUCCAGUUUUGAUCCAGAAGAAUAUGCAUUGUAUAAGAGAUACCAGAUCCAAGUGCAUAAUGAUGCACCAAAUCAUGUGACCGAAAGUUCUUACAAGCGAUUCCUGGUGGACAGUCCAUUAGUCUUUGUACCAUCAAGCCGAGAUAGCACCUCUCCUCCUUGCGGAUUUGGUUCUUUCCAUCAACAAUAUUUGAUCAAUGGCAAGCUAGUUGCUGUUGGUGUUAUAGAUAUUCUCCCGAGAUGUUUGUCGAGUAAAUAUUUGUUUUGGGAUCCGGAUCUUGCCUUUUUGUCGCUUGGUAAGUACUCGGCACUACAAGAAAUAAAUUGGGUGUUAGAGAAUGAAGGCCAUUGUCCUAGCCUACAGUAUUAUUAUCUUGGCUACUAUAUUCACUCCUGCAACAAGAUGAGAUACAAAGCAGCAUACCGUCCAUCUGAGCUUCUCUGUCCUCUUCGUUACCAGUGGGUUCCAUAUGAUAUUGCAAAGAGGCUACUUGAUAGAAAACCGUAUGUGGUACUAUCUGACUUUGCCACCUUGCAAAAUGAGGAGCCUUCGUCACAUGCAUUUGAAGAGAAUAUGGGACAAGAAGACGAACCUUGCCCAGAAGAAUCAAAUGACAUUCCUAUUGAUGAUGAUGAAGAAAUGUCUGAAAUUGAUUUUGAACAUUCAGAUGAUGGAUCUGAACCAGAAACCACGGCCCCCACAGAAACAAGAAAAGAAGAUAUCAGUAACGACGUUAUUGGUUUGAACGGAAUGCAUAAAGAUACAAGGGACCCUUCUACCACAGUUAACAUUUUCAUUCUUCCUGCUCCUGCAUAUUGGUUACGUCAUUAUAGGGCAUUAGUUAAAAAAUCAAAGAGGAAAAGUACACCAACCGUCCCUGUGGUUUGCUCAAACACCACCAGUUGUCACUGCAGUUUUGAAAUUACACCAGACCCCCCAUCGUUUCAAUUUGCUUACACCAUUCACCCCUGCCUCUAAUGGGCGUUAAGUUGGGGGGCAUUUUGGUGAUUUUGGUUAGACCGGCAAAAACCAUAUUUUUUGAGGUUUCUUUAACCGGUAACCUUUGUGUGUUUGCCAAAGUAAUUCCAUAAACCCUAAAAUAACUUGGUAACAUUUAAGCUCUUCUACCGAAACCGGUGAAAUCACGUGCUAAUAAGGUUUAAUUUAAUAAGAUGACAUAUAAAGUUGAAGCCUUACUAUAAUUAGCAAAUUUGUGUAUUAGUGAUCAAGGGAGAGACUCGAGGGACUGCCACAAUGAUUGAGUGAAAAAUUGGUGCUAGGUGAUCGACAUUUCUCUUCAUCUCUGUUACGCCCCAAGCACAAAGCAAUAUGCUGGAUCAGUAACUUUUAAUCCAAUUUAAAACCAUGGUGGAACUAAAUCUACUGUUCUACGCAUGUGGGAUUGGUUGUUACAUCUCCGUCUACAGCUUUUGUGGGCUGGAAUUUGUAAAAGAUGUUCUUGAAUGAUCUUUCAAAAUUCCGGUAUAUGAUUAUUUUUGUUUGUUUUAAGGAUAUACAAUAAGCUUUAGGAGCAAAAGAAAGGCAAUAUUUGGAAAGUCAGUUGCAUAGACACUUGAGAGUUAUGGGUAUGGAUGUGUCUGCGCGAAUGGUGUAUUCUCUUGGCUGAUAUCAUUUUGCUUGUUCAGUUAGAGGCAAGUAUGCUCCCUUUUGGGGAGAUGG